UUAUAAUUUCCUGUGUAAACCACGACGAAAUGGGGAAAUGCUUUGAUUAAGUAAUUAUAUAAGCCAAGCUCAUGUCGUCUUAAUUAUCUCCUUGAGCCACUGGUUAGAUCGGAAACCUCCCCUCACCCCACCUUUCGUCCUCUUGGAAGAUAGAAAUAGAACCACGCGAGCAUUCACCCCAUCGACUUCCGUACCAUGUUGCAGGGAUUGGCAUCAGAGCCAUUCAAAGGACUUGAGUGUAGAAGAGAAAGGGCUCUCGUUUCUGGACCGGCUACGACUGGUUCAUCAUUGGAUCUAGAUCUAUUUGAUGUGAGCACUUCUCUCGAUCUAUUUCUUGACCACUCUUUCCUGCAGCUGCGUUUCUUCUUUUAGUGAUGCCUGAUUGAGGUUUUCAAAGGAUUUUUGCGGGCUUUUUGGGGUUUCCAAAGAAAUUCGAGAGUGAUCAAUAUGAGCCGAAAGAUCUUCACUUGGUGAGCGAUUCACCGAGUCUAGUGCUUACAAGUUGGAGAUUUGUAGCUUCUUUCCCCCCAACUUUCUGAUAAACGUUUGCCACCAUGGAGACGCACCUCAAAGACCUCUUUGCCCGUUUCCAAGAGCAAUUUGGCUCCGGCCCGGGCCUCGGCCCGAGCUCCGGGACCUGCCUCCUAAAGGUAGAAGGAAUUGCCCCAGCAUUUAUCAAAUCCCUUUUCCGGGCCUCCGCCGCUCUCUACCGUACCGACCCAUGGAAGAGGCUGCGACCUGGCCAUCUAUUCGGCAUCCGGAUUGGCAAGGACACUGACUGGUCGAACAAGAAGCAACUAUUCCCUUGUGCCCAGUUUGUUGGUGGGGAUGGAGGAGACCUGGGCUUCCACUUGUUCAAAUCCGAGCAGGAUGCUCAGAAGAUGACAGGCGUAAGGGAGACGGUUCGGGUUCCUAAUGUGGAGCUCCUGAGGGUCAUCUUUGAACCAGCAUCCCUGCUGUCCCCCCCAAACAAGAGGAUGGUUCGGUCCCUAUCAUUGGAGGCUUCCGGACCUGAUCGGUUUCCCGUCAUAGAUGUCGCUAGGUGCACUUCAACAGGAGGAUUGCGGUUUCGCAACUCCACUCUUGAGGAGCUCUGCUAUGUCUAUGCUUUCAUGAAAGCGAUUGCCCUUGUGCAUCCAUUGCUUGAGUGGGCAGAUGAUGGAGCGCUAAGAAGAGGAAGGUUGAUGAGCUUUGAGCCCUUUAUUGAGACAGUUGAUGUGCAGUGGCCUCCUGAAGUCGCCAAGGGUGGAGACCUUGUAGCAGUUACAAUCUCGCAUCCUCCCGGUCAGGUUUAUGUGGAGAAGAAGCUUGUUUCAACUCCACCAAAGUAUGCCGAGCCACCAAAGGAAGAGCUUCCACCAGUGGAAGCAUUGGCUAAUUGGACUACGUUAAGAAAAUGUGCAAUGUGUGAGAAGGAAGUCCAUGGAGAUCAGUCUUUGUUCUGUGGCCGGUGUCGUGCUGCGGUUUAUUGUGGCCCGGUAUGCCAGAAGCAGCACUGGAAGGAAACUCAUAAAAGUAUAUGUGGACUCUACCAAGCAAUGAUGGAAAGGGAGGAAGAGUUGGCUAUGAAGAUAUUUAUUUUCCCUUGCUUUGUUGAUCACCCUUGUAAAUGGCUUGAGUCAGUGGGUCUCCAUCAGAAAGGGAUGUGGAGAAGGAAGUGCAGCUGCUAUUCUCAUUGCCCAUUUGGCCUUCUCCCUUCAAAGGCCAGUACAAUCUCUGAGUCAUGGGGAAGUUUGAGUGAUGGGGAGUACCCUCCUGAUUCUGCAUUCCCAAACUAUUUGAAUGGAGCUUCCAACCCGAUCCUUCUAUCCGGUUGGUCAGAGUACUACAGUCUCCGCUCCCUCCCGAUGACAAGCCCGGUUGCCGCCAUAUUGUCCCAUCCUUUGACAGUUUAUCACAUACUGACCGCCCUUGUUAUAAGCUCCAAGAACCGACUUGUAAAGGGAAAAGAAGUGAUCGUGCAUUACCUUGGCCCUGCUGGGGAGCUAGAUUGGAUGCCUGCUUUCUCAGAGAUCAGCCAUUUGCUGAAUGGUUCAGGUAACAUACAGAUAGUCAUGAUUGGGCCAGAGGUUCCAAGUAAUCUAUCAGGAACAGUGUCAGGAAUCAGUGGUAGAUUGAGAGUGAACUUGGUGAGGGGCAUCUAUCAGGAACAGGCCUCGUACCUUUCCUCGCCUCAUGCUGUCAUUGCUCUGAAUUGUGGGUUGGAGAACUAUGGGAGCUGGGGGGGUGCUCUUGAGUUGAUUAAGUCGAUGAAUGUGCCGGCUUUCUUCACUGAAAGGUCUGAAAUCUCAUGUGCAAAUACUAAGCAGGUGCUUCGUGGGGCUGGGCUGCAGGUCACUCACCCUGUGACACCAAACCCUUUUCGUUCACCGCUGCGAGAUCAGAUACCUUCCAGUAAUUUACCCUCAUUCAGCAAUGGUUUUGUUUUUGGGGUGAAUACAUGAAAAGCAGACCAUGGCACUGGAAGGUUCUUCAGAUUGUCUUCAUAAUUCUCUUGAUUUGUCUGCUUGUUUGAUCCUUAAUCCCGAGGAAUUCGAAGUUGGAGAGCCAAGGCGCCAAACUUUUCUUUAUGUUUCGUGGCAUGUGUCCAAUUUUAGUGAGGUUGUAGACUACUAAGAUUUUGUGCUACUGUUAAUUGGUAUUUGGAUAUGAUGAACCUAUUUACAUGAUCUUAGAACCUUUUGUUUUCCUUUCUGGUGAUCAACCAGUGACCACUGCUUCUUGAUGUGGAUUGUAUUAUGUUAAAAUUUGUCGUGGUCAGCUUGAAUGUUGCACCAUGAAAACUAGUUAAAUUUUGCUGAACAUAAAAUUUGGAUCAUGAUCUCGACAAA